CUGCUUAUUACUGUCACUUCAUCCUCAGCUGCAAAUUAACUAACAAUGACUUCUGCAGCAACAACUUUGGUCUCCAAAUGCACUAUUUUCCCAUCCAAAAAAUCAUCUCUUUCUGAUCUAAAACUUUCUGUUUCCGAUCUUCCUAUGCUCUCCGUUCACUACAUUCAGAAAGGUUGUCUAUUUACUCGUCCUCCUUUUCCUAUCGCUCACCUCAUUUCCCUUCUCAAGCUCAGUCUUUCUCAAACCCUCACUCAAUUCCCUCCACUCGCCGGUCAAUUUGUGACCGACUCAGGUGGCUACGUCUAUAUUUCUUGCAAUGAUGCUGGAGUUGAUUUUGUUCAUGCUGCAGCCACUCACAUUUUCAUUCGCGAUGUCAUUGGAUCUCUUGAUGUUCCUGAUCAUGUUAAGGAGUUUUUCCCUAUGGACCGCAUGGUUAGCUAUCGAGGACAUUUUAGCCCUCUUCUUGCUGUCCAAGUGACAGAAUUAGCUGAUGGUGUUUUCAUUGGAUGCGCCGUCAAUCAUUCUGUCACUGACGGAACAUCUUUUUGGAACUUUUUCAAUACAUUUGCUGAGGUGAGCAGGGGUGUGAAGAGGAUUAUAAGGCAGCCUGAUUUUACCCGAAACUCAAUUUUGAUUUCAAAUUCCGUGCUAAAACUCCCUGCUGAUGGCCCUAAAAUCACAUUUUCGGGCGAUGCUCCAUUGAGGGAGAGAAUAUUUAGUUUUAGUAGGGAAUCGAUUCAAAGACUCAAAGCAGAGACUAACAAUCAAAAAAUGAAUUAUAACGGAGAAAGUAACAUUGUUGAAUUGAUGGCAAAACAGAGCAAUGAUCCCUUGAAAAUCAAAACAGAAAUGGAGAUGGUAAAUCCAAUGGCUGAGAUUUCAUCAUUUCAAUCGCUUUGCGCAUUGCUGUGGCGUGCAGUGACACGUGCAAGGAAGUUCCCAGCUUCAAAAAUGACGACAUUCAGAAUGGCUGUAAAUUGCCGUAACCGUCUCCAGCCUAAGCUAAAUCCGUUAUACUUUGGCAACGCAAUUCAGAGCAUUCCUACUUAUGUAUCAGCAGGGGACGUUUUAUCUCACAAUCUGCAUUGGUGUGCGGAGCAAUUGAACAAAAAUGUGAAGGCGCAUGAUGAUGUUAUGGUGAGGAAGUUCGUAGAGGAUUGGGAGAAGGAUCCACGGUGCUUCCCUCUGGGGAAUUUCGACGGAGCUAUGCUGACAAUGGGGAGCUCGCCGAGGUUUCCAAUGUACGAGAAUGAUUUCGGGUGGGGCAGGCCCGUUGCAGUUCGGAGUGGUAGGGCGAACAAGUUUGAUGGUAAGAUAUCAGCAUUUCCUGGGAGAGGAGGAGGAGGAAGUGUAGAUUUGGAGGUGAUAUUGUCACCGGAUACUAUGGAAGGCCUUGAGUCUGAUCCCGAAUUCAUGCAGUAUGUUACUGGGUAUUAAAUGGUGAUCGACUUUGUUUUAAAGGAUGGAUGAAAACGUUGAAAUUAAUGUUACAAAGAGAGUGCUUUCGUUUUCAUUUUGUUGACAGUUGAAUAGGUUAGCAUUACUAAUUGCUGCAAAAGUAUUCAUCACUUCGUAUAACAAAAUAAUGUUUGAAGAUCGAGCGUUAUUGUUA